UCGAUACGCAUUUCUUUCUUCAUAACUUGAAUACUUUUUCUACUUAAUGCAUAUUGCAUCAGUAUUGAGUAAGCUCAAUCACAUCGUCGAGACAGGACAAUCGACGAAUCGGUGAAGCCAAGAUUAUCGUCAUAAUCGAUAAAGAAAAGGUGAUAGAGAGACGAAAAACAAAAGCGCGCGGUUUUUUGGUUUGCGCCGCUGUGAUCGGAGCAAGUCUCGCGCGCGGUGCUCCACUCUUGUUGACGCGAGCGAAACGGUCACGUCGCGCACGCGUCUUGUUGCACCAGCCAGUCGCAAGAACAUGCGACGGCGCGGCGUGCGAGUGCGAGUGCGAGGAGGACGCGGGACGAGCCAGCGACGAGCUGGCAAUAAGCGGCGCGAGAUGGCGCACGCGAGCACUGGACGGCGCGAUUGGCUGGCUGCCGGCUGACGUCCGCGGCGUUAUCGACCAAUAGGGGGUCGCGCUGCCGCGACGUAUCUCGGCUCGCCGUAGCAAACUUCAGAGGCGAGGUGGACCGACUGGUACACGAUUACCAGCCGCGACGACUCGUUUCCCCCUCUUACUUGCUCGUGCCUUCUCUCUCGCUUCCUCCGCUCGCUCCAUCUUUACCUCUCUCUCUCUCGCGUGCGCGCGCGCGCUCCUCCAUCCGUCUCGCUCGCACGCAUAUAUGCACACUCUCUCUCGCUUGGUUCUCAGCGCGACUUCCUCAAAUCUUUAUUUCAGGCUCGACCGCGAACUCGGGGCGAACUGGUCGAAGCGCGCGCGACCGCCCCGGUUUUUUAACCGUCCUCACGGCAAGCUCACUACAAGCGGCUACCGCCGUCGCCGUCGUCAUCGUGCUAGUCGUGCGAUACGUCGUACAUACGCGCGACUGUGUGCGCCAGGGCAGCACCCGUCGCCGUCGGAGUCGCGGAGAGACGACGCGUGUCUAAAUUUGAAUACGCUCUGGUAGCGUAGAGGAGAAGCAGUGCCGUCCGCGCGUGUUACGCCGCCGGAGCGCCGUCUUCGCCAUCACCGUCGUGCUUGUCACGCGUGUAAAGUAUAUUUUAAGAAAGACGCUCGUUUCGCCGUGCAUCUCUAGUCAACGCAUCUAGUCCCCGCGAUCACGUCGCGGGUAAAAGCUAACCUAUCUCUCAACCUCGCGCGCGACACACGAACGGAGUGAGCGCGCGUACCGACGUACCGACGCACACACGACCUAAGAAUAAUUCACCACGUUAUCAAUCGAGAUAAGUCCCUAUAAAUAUUAUCGUGCGAGUGAUUCACGGCGAAGGUGAAGGAAGCGGAGAGAGAGAGAGAACGAACGAAGAGGAAGAAGAAGCAAGAGCGAUUUGGACUUUGAUAAAAUUGACAAACGUUUGCGGUUGAUUUUUCUCUUUCGAUACGCACCACGACGCAAAUCAUCGACUAGCGACGGUGAACAAGAUCGAAUCGUCGCCGACGGACCGCGAGCAGCGAGAAAGCAGAAGCGUCGCACGCGACACACACACACACAACGCGCGCGCUCGCGCGCGCGCGCAAUUUGUGCUUGCGAGAGAGGAAGAGAGUAGUCCGAUUGGAGAGUGUGCCAAAGAGAGGAAAAAAAGAAUCGCCACGAGAAAGAAAGAAAGAGAGACGCAACAACGACGAGAGAAAGAAAAGAGAUAGUGAGUGUGCCUGCCUGUCGGUUCUCGUUGAUUCCUCCGUUCGUUCGUCGGUUCGGUUCGGCGUGGUAUUGGUCAGCGACGACGCGAAUUAGUGUGCGAGAAUCAGCAUCCGGCAAGGAGAACGAGAAGGAGGAGUAGUAACGACAACAGCAACAGCAACAGCAGCAGCAGCAACAGCAGCAGCAGCAGCGGCAGCAGCAGCGGCAAGUUUUGUUUUGAUCGGCGAACGAUCGCGCCGUCUCACGAUCUUCGCCUCUCUUUCCCGUCUCUUCGUCGUAGGCGCCCGCGGGGGUGCUUUAUCGCGGUGUGGAGGAGGAGAUAUCGAUUGCGCGCACGGGACCAUUGACGUCGUUCUGGAGAACGGCCGAACGUCGUGAGCGAGAAAGAGAAAGAGAGAGAGAAAAAAAACAAAGAAGGACACGGCGAGACGAGACGCGACGCAACGCGACGACGACGACGACGACGACGAUACCUUUCGUUGUCGGCGACUUCCGCACGUUCUCCGUACGCUAACUAGUUGGCGGUGUACGUUCACGUUGUCGUCGUCGUCAUCGUCAUCGUCGUCGUCGUCGUCGUCGUCAUCAUCCUCGACGACACGCGGCGCGUCCUCGAGCGAGAUCGCGAUCGCGAUCGCGGUUCGACGCGCCGCGUCGCGGCGCCGAGAUCCCGAGGAUCGCCCGCUCGCUCGCUUGCUUGCUUGCUCUCGGCCUCGCUCUCGUUGACGCUCUCGCGGGGCAGAUCGAUCGAUACGCCGCGGCUCAGCAGGGACUCGGCCGACCGACCUGACUCCCGCCGUCGACAUGCCCCGCUGAUGAUCCAGUAGGCUGCGAGAUCCGUGUUCUUAAUAUUCCAUCCAGUGUGAUUUCGAAGACUUGCCUCUUAUUCAAGACGUGGUGCAACAAUGGGUCGAAAGAAGAUUCAGAUUUCACGUAUCACGGACGAACGGAAUCGUCAGGUGACCUUUAACAAACGGAAAUUCGGCGUGAUGAAGAAGGCAUACGAAUUGUCGGUACUGUGCGACUGCGAGAUCGCGUUGAUUAUCUUCAGUUCGAGCAACAAGCUGUACCAGUAUGCGAGCACCGACAUGGACAAGGUUCUUCUCAAGUACACCGAGUACAACGAACCCCACGAGUCUCUCACUAACAAGAAUAUUAUCGAGAAGGAACAUAAGGGUGCCAUGUCUCCAGAGAGUCCGGAACCCGACGCAAUUGAAUAUAAUCUUACCCCGCGCACCGAGGCCAAAUACACGAAGAUCGACGAGGAGUUUCAGAUGAUGAUGCAGAGGCAUCAGCACAAUGGCAGCAGGACAAUGGGACAAUCGAAUUAUACGCUACCGGUAUCUGUACCAGUGAACAGUUACGGCGAAUCUCUUCUUGGAUCUAGUCCACAGAUGGCACAUACCAGCAUUUCUCCACGUCCAUCGUCGUCUGAGACGGAUUCAGUAUAUCCUCCGGGAGGAAUGUUGGAAAUGAGCAAUGGCUAUCCUCCGUCAGCGUCACCAUUGGGUGGUUCACCUAGUCCAGGACCUUCGCCCGCACUCGGAGUUGGUGGAGGUAGUGCAAAUAAAGGCAGCAAUCCGUCUAGGCAUUCGCCACAACCUCCGCCUCCACCGCCACCGCCUCAUCCUCACAGGGCUAAUCUUCGAGUGGUUAUACCAACACCACUUGCACAACCUCUCUCCGAAGACACUAAUUAUGAUAAUGCCCAUACGCAGUCUGCAUUGAAUACACCUGUAGUAGCGUUACAAACACCAACAGUACCAGCCGGAUACUCUAGUUUUGGACCAACAGAUUACUCCUCGGAUCUCGGAGGCCUUGCAUGGCCCACUCAUCAGAGGUACGUUGUUGAUGAGUUAUAUUCGGCAGCCACCAUGUCCAGCAUCAGUGGUCUUCCUCACCUAGCUGUAUCGAGCAGUACACCACCACCAUCCACGUCGCCUUUACCUGUAAAGAUAAAAAGUGAACCGAUAAGUCCACCCAGAGAUCCGCAUGGUAACAGUGGGUCUAAUGGUGGACCCAGUAACGCCAGCAAUCUACAUCAUACAAACUUGAAUGUCGGUCCAUCGUCCAGUACCGGUCCACCGCCACAUCACGUGUCUCAUCCGGGACCUCAGACACUGAACUUGGUAUCGAGCAGACCGAGUAGUAAUCCACCUCCGUCCCACUCGGGUAGCAUAACACCGACAAAUCUACCGUCGCCGGGAAGUGGUGCAGUCGGUGAUAUCAGAACGAAUCAUUCUAGCGGUGGCGGGAAUGGAGGGAACAGUUCAGACUACGAGAACGGACCGCUCAUGAAACGCUCGAGAAUCACGGAAGGUUGGGCGACUUAAUGUCGAUUAAAUUGUUGCACUCAUCAGUUGUUUGAUACCUCCUCGACGUACAACGGCAUAUAGUGCUUGUGAGUUCCAGUAUAAUUAAACAAACUCCUUUUAAACGUCUUUGAAAUGCGUACUUCGUACUAUCGCGAUAACGAUAGCUGACGUGAUGGAUACGCUUCCGCCAUAACUAGCGGAGUGGAAAAAUCUGUUUAUAUUUUGAAGCUGACACAGAAUAUACAUUUAUUUGAAGAAAAAAAAAAAA